CCAGCUUGCCCUCAUCAUUCUUCGUGAUUUGGAUUCUUAUGCAAUUGAACCGUGAUGCCCGUGUGCCUUUGUGUUUGCCAUAUGGGAAAAAAUGAAUGUACAGCCCGUGGAGUAUGCUGAUAAUUAGAGGCUCUUGAGCGGUGCCAUUGUUGAAUUUGGUUCACCUUGAUGACUUAGCUUUUUACUCCGGUUCGUUCUGUAAAUAGUUCUGAUACUGAAUAUAUGAAAUCCAUACUGUAGUUUUGAGCCAGUUGGCCCUUCUUUGAUCUUGAAUCCACCCUUGGCUACGGAGCUUUCUAUGUUUGUAUGAAUUAGAUACUAUGUAGUUAUGUCUCUUUCAGUGAAUCGAAUUCAUUCAAGGUUUUAUGAAAGAACCUCGAUGUUCUGAUUCGACUGUCGAAAUGGUACCAUUAAAGCAACUGUAGACGCUGGGCGGUGUCUAGUAGUGACCGACCACGUGCCACCCAAGGUGUUAAUCUGAUUUGUGUUAAGGCAGCCAUUAUCGAGCAGAUAAGGGGAAGUUUCAACAGCAAGAAACUGAAGAUCAGCCCCUCCUAAGGGAUUUUGCUUGGUUUGGGGAACGGGCCUUGCCUGUCCAUUGCAGUGUGCCACAGCAAAAGUGAAUAUGGAGCCUGAGGCUCCAGAAUGCUCCAUUUGCCGAGGCCACUCCCUCGUUGCCAUGGCUAGUUGCUAUGACGGUGGAUGCAAUUUCUUUGUUUCGUUGCCAGAUGGAGGGCGGUGCAGUACAUCGGUAUUGCGUACAUGAUGUAAUAAAUUGCUCAAAGAUUGGCCUUGGAACAUGCAGCAGCAGGGCUAGAGGUUCAUCACGGGAAGCUUAUUCAUCACUUGGCAGGGCUGUUCAAAAGAGAAUUUCGGUCUUCAUGUAUGGCCUGUCGUGUGAGAAAAGGUAUUUCAUCAGGUGGGAGCAUAAAGUUAUAAUGUUAACGUGUUCAGGGCGCAUCCUCGACAAGGCAAUACAGCUAGUCUCCUGCGAACGGACCCAUCUUAUCUUCGCGCACGACUUAUUUGCCCGUCUAUUUGGUUCCCCUGCAUUAACUUCCAAAAAGGAAAGCCACUGCUGUGAGUUGUGUGUGACAUCCUGUCAACUGGGCUGUUCUGGUGGCAUGAGUCGACAAGGGUGGGGGGAUGAUUACGAUAUCAAUCUACCUAUCAAUUCAUCCUCCUGUGGCUAUUAAAGAUGCAGAUUAAUCGAACUGUGGAGAUUGUUUCUCUCUAAUACUUUUCUCGGCCUUGACCGAGCUGGGCACGCGGCAGAACAAUAGAAUAGGAGCCGAAUCCAUCAACUUGGUCCAAGUGGAAUACUUGGCACCAGAUUCAACAGAUUGGCUACCCAUUGGCUGUUUUAUCUUUGAGUAGCCACGUUGUUGACUUUGAUUAUUAUGCUCUGGUUUGGGAAUUUGAAACCUUCAAAAUGAAGCGGUGGUUGAUGCCGCCUGGACCCACGACGCGGCGAUGAGCGACCACCAAUUAUCUUUUCUUUACUCUUUCGAGUCGUAAGCGAGACGGGUUUCUGGAACCUUUUAAGAAAGGAACUGGGAGAUGAUAGACACAAACGGUGUUCCUGCAAACGAAACCCUUCCUAUCUUCCUGAAGUUGAAGAUUACAAGGAAAAGACCUACAGUAGUUGUACAGUGCCCUCGGCUUCUUGUCAAAACAGCUUGAAAACGUAGGCGGGAUCGAUCAAUCAUGCUCGCAACGAGAGACCCCACGAAGGGGAUGCCCAUUAUGACCUUUGCCCGUCUCACGUUUGUCUGCAUUAUUGACUAGGAAGGGCGUCCCCACAAGCACUUUUCCUUUUUUCAACCACCUUUCAAUGGACUUUUCAAGUACCUCUCGCUUUACCAAUGCCAAGAUCCUCAAUUCCCACUCUCGCUCCAUUCAAUUCUCCGUCGCCUUUUGUCUGGGAACGGACAGUUGUACUGACUUUAUCUUUUGCUAAUCGAUCGCCUUGCGCGCUUACAAUCGCGGUCAGUCCCAGGCAGCAUCACUCACGGUCUUUCUUCGUGGUGCGAAAAGGAACCAUGCGAAGAAAACCUAUUCUGCUGCUGCAUCAGUGCAACUUUUCUUUCUUUAGAUUUCCAUUUUAUUAAAUUAACACCAAGAAAAAUAUUACGUUUAUUGAAUAGAGUUCUAA